GGAACACAUGAGAACAUAUCAGACUUCAGAGCGUGUUUCAUUCACACCUUUCUCAAUAACAGUGUGUGUUAAAGCGACGCCGGCCGACUUUUAAAGCUCAGAAGAGUCUCAGCCAUGUCGGGCGCGUUAGCACGGCUGCUCUUCUACCCGACAUUAACCUACAAUGUUGUCAUGGAGAAAGUGUCCCUCAGACGCUGGUUUGACCGAGUGGACGACACCGUGAUCCUGGGAGCGCUGCCGUUCAGAUCCAUGACAAAACAGCUGGUAGAAGCAGAAAACGUUCGCGGUGUCAUCACCAUGAACGAGAUGUAUGAAACCAAAUAUUUCUGCAACUCGGCCGAGGUGAGUUAACGUCGCUAGUUUUUACACGUAACAUGUUGAAGACUCAGUCAGGCUUGUGUUUAUUAUAGGAU